CACACACACAAAUAGGACUCGUCCUACAGGCUCUGGGAAAAGAAAAAAGAAGUCCUCAAUCACCACCUCCUUCUCGCCGCCCCCCCUUCCCCAGCGGGCGGCCAAGGAGAGCUGGAGGCGGGGGAGGGGAGGGGGAGGAGAAGCGACGCAAGUGGGUAGCUUUUCAGCGCCAGCGAGGCGCGGGAGGAGGAGAAGCGGUGGGGAGGCGCAGCCGCUCACCUGCGGGGCAGGGUGCGGAGGAGGGACCUGGUCUGAGCACUCACGGUCGGAGGAGCCGGGACGCGCCCGGAGCCUCGAACACGGCCAAGCUCGGGGCACCCGCCCCCUCCCCUCGGCCAGGCGAACCCGAAGGGUGCAGCUCUUUGCUUUGACAGGGCGGCCCGGCGGAGGCGUGGAGAGCGGCGAGCAAGAGCGCCAGGCUGAGAAACUCGAGCCGGGAACAAAGAGGGGUCCGGCUGUGUGUUUGUGUGUCGGCUGGAGCUCCCGGCAGAAGCAUUUGGGUCCGAGGCCCCUGCUGUGACUCCCUGAGACCCCGCGGUACCCUUCACUGCCGACUCCCAGCGCUCGCCGGCACAAACUUUAUUCUUGGCAAACUUCUUCUCUUUCUGUUCCCUCCUACUCCUCCCCCACCUUCUCCUCCUCCAGCAGAUUAAAUGCGCCUGGAGAAGGAAAACUGAAGCGAAAGGGAAGGAAAUAAGAAGCUCUAAAACGGACAUCUCAACCCGCGUGGCUCUUUAAUUUUUUUUUUUUUUUUUUUUACUCUCCAGGAAGUGGACAUUUCGUUAUUUUCUGAUUCUCCUUGCACCUUCUCUGCUGGGGCAAACGGAGCCUUUUUGCCCAGCUUGCCUCCUUUCUCGGAAAACAAACUCCCAAAUCGGCCACCGAGGAAGCUAGGGUGGAGAGGUUUGCCUAGAGACGCGCCGACGGACCCUCCUCUGCACUUGGGAGAGUCGUGCCUCCUCCGGAACCGGCGUCCUCCGCGCGCAGACCCUGGAGACGCCGGGGGCGUGGGGUGGCCGCCGGGGCAGCCUAGCCUAGCACGCGCCACACAGCUCAGACGCCCCCAGAGGCAUCGGCUGCGGCGGCCUUAGCAGCCCCGUGCCCUUCGGCCUCGAGGGCGGGCGUCGGCGCCGGUUUCCGCGGAGCGGGAAGGCACGGGCGGCUGCCGGGGCUUGGGCACCGCCGCAGCUGCUCGGGCCGCGGGGCCGCCGGCCGGGUUUCCGCCUGCUCUUCUCCCUCACGCAUCCUUCCAGUUCUCCUUUUCCUCCUCCCUCUGUCGUUGACCCCCUGUCUUUCCUGCUGUCGCCUCGGGUGCUCCUCCAGCGGAGCGGAGAUUAUAGAGUGGUCGGGAUGCCCCAACUCUCCGGGGCCGGCGGCGGCGGCGGGGGAGACCCGGAACUCUGCGCCACCGACGAGAUGAUCCCCUUCAAAGAUGAGGGCGAUCCUCAGAAGGAGAAAAUCUUCGCAGAAAUCAGUCACCCCGAAGAGGAAGGCGACUUAGCCGACAUCAAGUCCUCCUUGGUUAACGAGUCUGAAAUCAUCCCGGCCAGCAACGGACACGAGGUGGCCAGACAAGCACAAACCUCUCAGGAGUCCUACCACGACAAGGCCAGAGAACACCCUGAUGAUGGAAAGCAUCCAGAUGGAGGCCUCUACAAUAAGGGACCCUCCUACUCGAGUUAUUCUGGGUACAUUAUGAUGCCAAAUAUGAAUAAUGACCCAUACAUGUCAAAUGGAUCUCUUUCUCCACCCAUCCCAAGAACAUCAAAUAAGGUGCCCGUGGUGCAGCCAUCGCACGCGGUUCAUCCUCUCACCCCCCUCAUCACGUACAGCGACGAGCACUUUUCUCCAGGAUCACACCCUCCACACCUUCCAUCAGAUGUCAACUCCAAACAAGGCAUGUCCAGACACCCAGCUCCUGAGAUCCCUACCUUUUAUCCCCUGUCUCCAGGUGGUGUUGGACAGAUUACCCCACCUCUUGGCUGGCAAGGUCAGCCUGUAUAUCCCAUCACGGGAGGAUUCAGGCAACCCUAUCCAUCCUCACUGUCAGUCGACACUUCCAUGUCCAGGUUUUCCCAUCAUAUGAUUCCUGGUCCUCCUGGCCCCCACACAACUGGCAUCCCUCAUCCAGCUAUUGUAACACCUCAGGUCAAACAGGAGCAUCCCCACACUGACAGUGACCUAAUGCACGUGAAGCCUCAGCAUGAACAGAGAAAGGAACAGGAGCCCAAAAGACCUCACAUUAAGAAGCCUCUGAAUGCUUUUAUGUUAUACAUGAAAGAAAUGAGAGCGAAUGUCGUAGCUGAGUGUACUUUAAAAGAAAGUGCAGCUAUCAACCAGAUUCUAGGCAGAAGGUGGCAUGCCCUCUCCCGUGAAGAGCAGGCUAAAUAUUACGAAUUAGCACGGAAGGAAAGACAGCUACAUAUGCAGCUCUAUCCAGGCUGGUCUGCGAGAGACAAUUACGGUAAGAAGAAGAAGAGGAAGAGAGAGAAACUCCAGGAAUCGACAUCAGGUACAGGUCCAAGAAUGACAGCUGCCUACAUCUGAAACAUGGUGGAAAACGAAGCUCAUUCCCAACGUGCAAAGCCAAGGCAGCGACCCCAGGACCUCUUCUGGAGAUGGAAGCUUGUUGAAAACCCAGACUGUCUCCAGGGCUUGCCCAGUCGACCCCAAUGGAGAAUUGACACCACCUUCACCCUGAGGUCAAUGCUAGAGACGCUGAUCCAUAAAGACAAUCACUGCCAAACCCCCUUUCAUCUACUGCAAGAGCCAAGUUCCAAAAUAAAGCAUAAAAGGUUUCCUAAAUGAGAAGUACAAAGCCCCUGAGAUUGCUAGCAGGCCGAGCAGCUGCCCUUCCUCCUCUCCACGUGCACUUCCCAGAGCGUCUUGCGUCCAUACCUGUAACCCUUUGGCAAGGACAGUAACUUGGCUACAUUCGCCUGCCAGGAGCAACUGGAGCCGGCAGCACAUCCAUCAUCAGCAUCCCGGUGGGGGACUUUGUGGAAGAGUUCCCACUUUGUUUCGGUCUUCAUUUUUUUUUUUCCUCCUUUCUCCGAAAGCUUUUAUUUAACAGUGCAAAAGGAUCAAUCUUGUGUUUGCUUUUUUUUUUAAACUUGAAUUUUUUUUAAUUUUCACUUUUUAGUUUUAACUUUCUUGUAUAUUUUGCUAGCUAUGAGCUUUUGAGUAAAAUUCAAAGAUCUGGAAAAGUUUGAAAUAAAAAAUGAAAAGAAGCUGCCCUUUUUUGAGCGGUAUCUUGUCAGACAAGUGGCUUCUCUGUGAAUUACUUGUAACAAAUAGUGGCCUCUCUGUCUUGGUAAGGUGUUGGAUAGAGCUAAAUAAAUGGGACAGCCAGACCCACCCUCUUGGGAGCAGUUGGCCAUCCUAUUUCAUUUUAUUUUUCUUCUGAUCUCCUUUGUUUAAUGGUAAACCUUAACCGAUACUUUCAGCAGGCCGGUUUGCAGUGAAUUUUCAUUUCUUUCCUUUUCACCCCCUUAUUGUAAAAAGCCCAGCACUUGAAUUGUUAUUACUUUAAAUGUUCUGUAUUUGUAUCUGUUUUUAUUAGCCAAUUAGUGGGAUUUUAUGCCAGUUGUUAAAAUGAGCAUUGAUGUACCCAUCUUUUUUUUUAAAUAACAAGGCACAGCCUUUGCCCCAGACUGCCAUCUAACGUUUGUCAUUCCAGUUUGAGUUAACGUGCUGAGCAUUUUUUAAAAGAAGCUUUGUAAUAAAACAUUUUAAAACA